AAAAGAGACAGAUUCUUCCUUUUGUCUAAGUUGCUGUUCGGUGUAAGCACGUCGCUCCCCAAGUGAUCACCGUUCAAUGUCUCUUAGGGAAGCAACAAUGAUCAAUGCUGCUGAAACGGGGCUUCCAGUUCGACUUGAGGGGAAGUUUAAGGCAAUGGUGUUCUGUUGGGUGCUUGGACUUGGGUCUCUUGUGGCUUGGAACAGUAUUCUGACCAUUGGAGAUUAUUACUAUAAAGUGUUCCCCUAUUAUCAUCAUUCGAGAGUGCUUACAGUUGUUUAUCAACCAUUCGCAAUUGGGAUGAUGGCUAUCUUAGUGUACCAUGAAUCCAGAGUUGACACAAGAAAGAGGAAUAUAGUUGGAUACACUCUUUUCACUCUAAGUACACUCUUUCUCAUAGUUUUGGACUUAGCCACGUCAGGGAAAGGAGGAAUUGGGCUUUAUUUCGGUAUAUGUCUGAUCGUUGCCUGUUUUGGAGUGGCCAAUGCUCAAGUUCAGGGUGGUAUGGUCGGCGAUCUGUCUUUCAUGUGUCCUCAAUUCAUGCAGUCGUAUUUCGCUGGUUCAGCUGCAUCGGGAGCUCUGACAUCUGCUUUGAGGUUGAUGACAAAAGCAGCCUUUGACAAGACUCAUGAUGGUCUUCGCAAGGGAGCUAUGUUGUUUUUGGCAAUCUCCACGUUCUUUGAGUUUAUAUGCAUCAUUAUGUAUGCUACUUGGUUUGCUAAGAUUCCAGUUGUGAAGUUUUGCCGCUCCAAGGCGGCCUUGGAAGGGUGUAAAUCUGUGUCAGCUGACCUUGCUGCUGUUGGAAUUCAAAGACAGGAUGAAGGCUCUACAGAUGAUCGAUUGAGCAACAAACAAUUGUUGUUUCAAAAUAUAGAUUAUGCCAUUGGUCUAUAUCUUACACAUGUUUUGACAUUGACAAUCUUCCCGGGCUUUCUCUAUGAGAACAUCGAAACACACCAAUUGGGAUCAUGGUACUUGCUAGUUUUGAUUGCUAUUUACAAUGUAUGGGAUUUCAUAGCUCAGUACAUUCCCCUUAUCAGUUGGCUCAAGUUAGAGUCCCGAAAGGGCCUCAUGUUAGCGACUAUUGCCUGUUUCCUUUUUGUCCCUACAUUCUAUUUCACAGCAAAGUAUGGUGAUCAGGGGUGGAUGAUAAUGCUCGUUUCUUUCUUGGGCUUGACCCAUGGUUAUCUUACUGUCUUUGUUAUGACAGUAGCACCCAAGGGCAGAGAUCUCCCUUAG